CAGGAAAGUUCGCCGCUCGAUUGCAUUGAUGGUGGAUGUUGACAUUCGAAACACCUCUAUGGAAAAAAAGCCGAACAAUCUGUGACUAAAUAAACCAGUGAAACUCAACUGUGGAUUAUGGCAAUGGGGAACAACUUCCAAGUCAGUUGUUGAGUUUGUAACAUCCUCAACGGUUGCCUCGUAAUUGCAUGAAGAUGAGCAAAGCCAAGAUGGAGAAAGUUUUAAGCACACCAGGAUCCAGAAUUGGGACACUGCUGUACUCUUUGGAGAAGCUGAACAGCUCCAGCUCUGAUGAUGUGGAACAGAUGCGCUACACUACGGCCAAAAUAUUACACUGUACUAAAGACCAAGAACAAGUCCGCAAGCAGAUAAUAUCAAAAAAUACAAACGGCUUAGAGAUUCUACUUUCUACACUGGAGAGUUCCACAGAUAGCAAUGUGUCUCUCAACGUUUCAUCAACGUUAUUGGAGAUACUAUUCACGGGUAAGCGAGCUUCGAUCUUUGUGACUCACAGAGCCACUCAGAUUCUACUCACUGCCCUUGGGACAGCAUCUCGUGGCCAGCCAGUAUCGGAUGAGCUCAUGAUUACACUGCAUCAAGUCCUCAGCAAAGUGGCCCCGAAAGACAGGAAGUUUGGUGUGAAAGCUAGGCUGAGUGGCGCCUUACCAAUUACAUUCGGCCUUAUACGCACCAACACAGGAAACUUUGAGAUCUUACAACCUUCACUUCAAGUACUCAAGAUCUACGCAACAAACUCUGUCAACUCAUCAUUCCUGGGUAAAUCCGGAGCAGUGAACUGUAUUUUCAGGAUACUGUCGGUGUGUGGUCGCAAACAUAACAACACUCUGCGUCUUGCAAUAGACAUCCUGUGCACCCUUGUCAAAUCAAAGAGUAAUGCUGCUAGAGCUGUUGGUCAGGGUGGUGUCAGCAUGCUACUCACUAUGAUGUGUGACUGGCACAAGAACGAUGUGAGAAACAGGCAUGUGAAGAUACGCAAAGCCAUCUUGAAUACCAUCAAAAAUGUCACGGCUCUCAAGUCAGGAAGGAAGGCUUUCAUGGACUCCAAUGGUAUAAAAGUCUUGUAUGACAUCGCUCAGGAUUAUAAUAAUAGUCACUGCAAGGAACUAGAUUCCCUUGUGAAUCUGACCAGUGUUAUACUCAGGAAGUGUUCUCCUCGUAACCGUCUACCGAUAACCACCAUCAAAUCCUGUGUGACCUUCACUUUACCUCAGACCACCAAUGGCACCUUACCGACUGUACCAGAGAUUGAAGGUGAUGAUGUCAUAGAUGACAGUGAUGACCAAGAUGAUGAUAUCAGCAGCAGUGAUGAACAGAAGGAGAAUGAACAGGUUCCUGAUAGCACAGACACGGAGAAACGCACAGAAGUUGAGAAGCGGUCUGCGGAGGAUCUCGCAAUGUAUGAUCACUUCUUCAGGGAGCUCACUGAUUAUGAAGAGAUCAUGCAAGAAGAGAGUGAUUCCGAUCCUGAGAUGGGAGACGGUCGACCAAUCCUCAUCCCUACAGGGACGUCUAACUCCCCAAGCCGACCUUACAGAACCCAAUCCUCUAGUGUCAUCCACAACCACACUACCAGGAAAACCCUCAGAGAAAACCGUCUCAGCUUGCCCAACCUGUCUCGUAUCAAUCGCAUCACCGGCCAGUCGAUGGACACCACAGACCCUCCAAUACAGAACCUUGCAGUCAAUGUCGGUGGCAUUCGCCUUGAUCCAUCCCUCCAAGAACAGCAGUCGGACUCAAAUCAAUCUAGAACUGCCAACCCAUCGAUGGAUAGAAACGGUAGCAAUAUUGACAUGACGGUCAAAGGGGGUCGUGCCUCCUUCACCAUUGGCACGCAGAAACCCUCGCCAAAGCAAGCCAGCAGGUGUAACUUACGAUCCCCGUCCAAGCUGCGCAAACUGUCCCGGUCGCUCACGUCCCUGAAACACGCAGCGAAUGAACCGUCCUCCCGCCCGGGAUCCAAGUCGAGUAAAUGGAGGUUGGAUCCAGAGUUCGAAGAUCAAGACUCGCUCCGAGCAUCGAUGACGAUAUCUCGGAUGACGCUCAGGUCGCCAGAAGCCACGCCCCAAAAUGCCGUCUCGUCAGCAGAAUCGGGCUCCCUCAAUCUUAACGAGUAUGGUUCAGAACUGUAUGCAGAUUUAAUGUGUAAAACAAAGAGGGUGUUGCCGUUCAGGAGGAUAGCUCAGCCGGAGCUGCGUGGCCAUGAAAGUCCUGAGUUACCCGAAUACUUAUUUGAGAAAGUGCCAAGUGUGCAAAGAGCCAUGAUAUUUGAAGACAUCGAUCGGGUUAUUCAUCCUGAUAAAGUGAUAGACAGAGUCGUCUUUGACCUGGAUGCAGAAAUAAAGAGCAGAUCAUUUGGUCUGGACUCAACGAGUGGCGCUGAGUUUCCAUCAGACUCAUCAUCUGCCAGAGAUAAAAGGUCAUCUGACCAGCAAGAACAUUCACCUUUGACCUUUGACUCCCAAUUUGAGUGCGGCAACCUGAGGAAGGUCAUCCAGGUACGGCAGGACGAGUAUGACCUGAUCCUGAACUCUGACAUCAACAGCAAUCAUCAUCACCAGUGGUUCUACUUUGAGGUGUCCAGCAUGAGGGCGGGGGUGACCUAUCGCUUUAACGUCAUCAACUGUGAGAAGACUAAUAGCCAGUUUAAUUAUGGCAUGCAGCCUGUGCUAUAUUCUGUACGAGAAGCAAUGGAAGGGCGCCCUCACUGGGUGCGCGCUGGUAGCAACAUCUGCUACUACAAGAACAACUUUUCGCGCAGUUCUUUAGCGACCGGUGGGCAGAAGGGGAAGAGUUACUACACAUUAGUCUUCACAUUGAACUUUCAGUACAGCAACGAUAUCUGCUAUUUGGCAUAUCAUUUUCCUUUCACCUACACUAUGAUGAAGGUACACCUUCUGAAGCUAGAGGCAUCUUUAGGUGAAUGGAGCAACAUCUACUUCCGCAACCAGACUCUGUGUGAAACGCUAGGUGGCAAUCAGUGUCCAGUGUUGACCAUCACAAGCAAUCCAACAACACUUGACAGGGAAGGAAUUACGCAGUUCAGAAGUAGACCCUAUAUCCUGUUAUCGUCUCGCGUGCAUCCUGGAGAAAGUAACAGUUCUUGGGUCAUGAAGGGAGUCUUGAAGUUCCUGAUGAGCUCCCAUCCUGCAGCGAGCCUCCUCAGGGAUACCUACAUCUUUAAGAUCGUUCCGAUGUUGAAUCCGGAUGGCGUCAUCAAUGGCAGUCAUCGAUGUUCGCUUGUUGGUGAGGAUCUGAACCGGCGAUGGGACGCUCCAAACUCUGAUCUCCAUCCGACUAUCUACCAUACAAAGGGUCUACUACAGUACCUGGCCGUCAACAACAGGAAUCCUAUGGUAUUCUGUGACUUCCACGGUCAUUCAAGAAGGAAGAAUGUAUUUAUGUAUGGAUGUAGCGAGGCCCAGUCACAGCUAGUGGAUGACGUAGCAUUGACGAAUGGGAAUCGACAGGAGGAUACCAGUUACAAGACCCUUCCUCGUAUAUUGAACCAGUUGGCGCCCGCAUUCUCUCUAAGCUCCUGUAGCUUUGUAGUAGAGAGGGUCAAGGAAGCUACAGCUAGGGUGGUGGUAUGGAAGGAGCUCAGGGUGCCUCGUAGCUAUACCAUGGAGAGCACUUACUGCGGCUGUGACCAAGGACAGUAUAAGGGUCUUCAGAUCACCACCGGGAUGCUGGAGGAGAUGGGAAGGAAGUUCUGCGAGGGACUCCUGCGUCUCAUCACUCGCCGCUCAUCAGAGCGAUCUGCAUCCGACAAGUCUCAGUCGUCUCUCUCUUCCGGUAAGAUCUAUCCAGGAGUGUUGGAAUCCAGCAUGGAGAAGGACAGUGAUGAAUACGGCAGUCCUGGUGAAGACGUUGACGCCUUGAUCCAAGCUUCCCUUCAUGGUAUGACUUCAUCAUCCGGCUCACCACAUCAACACAGCAGACGGAAACGACGGAGUAAUGAUCUCGAUUCAGGAGACGAGGAAGAGGAUGAUGAGGAGGGAUCGGAAGGCAGUGAUACCGGAGGAGUUGGGGCCAGCGAGGAGCCGGAGGAAGUGUCUCCGGAAGGUAGUGCCGCAGAUUAACACAAGAUUGCCUCCCUCAAGGUUUGACUACCAGGGGCGUGUUCAGUUGCGCUCAGGUCGACUUGCAACCAUCGGGAUCAGAGUGAUUGUCUUGGAACAAUUGUCAGCUCGACAAAACCGUGCUCAUGUCACCCACAACCUAAGGCCAGUUGCUAUAGCUUGUUUGGCGUUAUUAGCAGGACAAGUGUUGACUCGCAUGUGACCUUGAUUUUGCUUGUGCUGCGACGCAAUCCAUCAGAACCAAGUGUAAAAUUAACACUCGGGUCACUAUAAUCAAAUGGGAUUGUCGUUGAAUAAGCGUCACCUUGACAAAACCUUGCUCAUGUCACCCACGAUCGUAGGCUGGUAGCUAUUGUUUGGCGUUAGUAGAAGGACAAGUGUUGAACCAUUAUAGCUAUACUCGGGUCGUAAACUUGAUUGCUCUGCUAACCGCCGAAUUCUGCGCUUCUGAUCACCAUUCUCCGCUUCUGCGCUAGCCUUGUAAGCAUGUAAGCUUGUAAUGCCUAGUAACGUGGAGCUUGCAUGCACACAAGCCCAAAUUCACUGCUAAUCUGCAAAAUAUGCUUGACGUAAGCGCAGAACUCCCUGCUCCCGGCCCUGAUAUCUUCCUGACAGUAUAAGCUCAGACGCAGUAUCAUCCUGAAAAGUCAGUUCGUUGCAGAACAGCUUCAUGGUUACCGUUGAGUUUCUGAUGUGAAAUUAACCAGCCAAAAUAAUUUUUAUAAAUCACUGUUGCAAAACCUAUUGCCAAAAUGCUUAACAUAUGUGGGUCAUUCCAUGUCAGACCAACGCACUUUUUUACCUCAUGUCUUCCGAUUUUGAUAAAAAUUGCUGUGAUUGU